GUGUGUUACGUUGACUUUUACCCGCCAGCAGACAAAAUAACGUCUUCCUUCUUCAUCUUCAUUCAUCUCUCUCUUCUAGUCCUCCAUUUCAACAAACCCGUAACCUGAUAUCCACACACACACGAGGCCAGACAAGAAGAGAGAAAGAGACAGCGACUCUGUUCGCGUAAAGACAGCGCCUUUAUAUUCGAACUUUAAGCCAAGUAGACAACCUGCGACUUCUGAAUCAGUUUCUCUCUCCCUCCCUCAGUUCACAGGUCUGUCUUACAUUGAUGGGUUGCUUCUGGUUCUCACGCCACAAGAGUGGAGGAAAGCCUUCAGAAGUUGAUGGAGAACUUUCAGUGUCAGACAAGGUAAAGAUUUACAAAUACAAAGAGAUUCGUCAGGCUACAGAUGAUUUCAAUCCCAUCAAUAAAAUCGGAGAAGGAGGUUUUGGUUCUGUGUACAAGGGUUGUCUUAGAGACGGAAAGGUGGCAGCUAUCAAAGUCCUGUCGGCUGAAUCAAGACAAGGCGUUAGAGAGUUCUUGACUGAGAUAAAUGUGAUAUCAGAGAUACAGCAUGAGAAUCUGGUCAAGUUAUAUGGAUGCUGCGUGGAGGGGAAUCACAGGAUCCUUGUUUAUAAUUAUCUAGAGAACAAUAGCCUUGACAAGACGCUUCUAGUUGGGGGCUACACUCAGAGUGGAAUAAAGUUUGAUUGGAGUACACGGGCCAAUAUUUGCAUUGGUGUUGCUAAAGGUCUUUCCUUUCUUCAUGAAGAAGUAACACCACACAUAGUUCAUAGAGAUAUCAAGGCGAGCAACAUUUUACUUGACAGAGACUUGUCCCCCAAGAUAUCUGAUUUUGGACUUGCUAGGCUUAUGCCACCGAACAUGACUCAUGUCAGCACUCGUGUCGCCGGUACACUUGGUUACUUAGCGCCAGAGUAUGCGGUUAGGGGACAGUUGACACGUAAAGCCGAUAUAUACAGCUUUGGUGUCCUUCUUAUGGAGAUAGUCAGUGGAAGAAGUAACAAAAACACACGGUUACCCACAGAAUAUGAAUAUCUUCUAGAAAGAGCUUGGAAACUUUAUGAGCGGAAUGAGCUAGUGGAUCUUGUUGAUACAGGGUUAGACGGACUCUUUGACGUAGAGGAAGCUUGCCGGUACCUAAAAGUAGGUCUUUUGUGCACGCAAGACAGUCCUAAGCUAAGGCCAAAGAUGUCCACAGUGGUGAAGUUGUUAACGGGGACGAAGAAUAUAGACAACAAGAAAAUAACAAGGCCGGGUUUGAUAUCUGAUUUUAUGGACUUGAAAGUGAGAGAACCGGUCGAGACAAAGGCAGAGCAAGUGAACAGACACAACUGCACAAACCCUUCUUCUUAUAAUGUCUCGUCUAGCUCCGGGACUGGAGAGAACUCAAAUGCUUGCUCAUCAGGGGGUUCAUCAGUACCGUUUAGAAAAGAAUAAAGUGUUUUUUUUUCUCUGUUUUGUUUUUGAGAUAUAAAUGGGAGAAAAAGUGUGAUGUCUCUGUGUGUCUCAGCACCAUCUUCUUCUUUCUUGGAUUCAAAUAGAGGUUUUCUGUUAGAUUAUGCCUCACUGUUGUUAAAGUUAUCUUCAGUUGCAAUUUGCAAACAAAGAUUUGAGUGUAUAUAUAUAUGAGUUUGAAAUUGAAUCUGAUUCGAGUGUUUGUAUA